AUGUUAAGGGCUAGAUUAUUUUAUCUUAUCAAGUCAACGUGUAGACUAAAUAGAAAAAAGCUAACAUGUGGAAUUCGCAAUGUAACACCGGUCACAUUUGCUGUGCUCACCGCUGUAAAAUGUGAUGAGCAGAAACACGAAUUCACCGAUAUAACCGACGGAGAAAGUUUAGAACAUGAAUUUCUAAUUCGACAAGCUACCACGGUUAAUGUAAACGCAGCUACACAACUCCUUACUGUAACACUAGUUGCAAUCCAAGAUACUAGCGAAAGGUUAAGGGAUGCCCUAUCAAAGGAAAUAUGUCUUGUACAACAAGCUCUUGAAUGGGGCGAAGAAGCCACACCUGCACAGCACUGGGACCAGCUUGUAGCUAUCCGAGGAGCAUUGUGUGAUCUUAACCAUAAUCUUAGAGUACUGUUCAGUUAUUUGGAUUAUGCAGAAAAAAUUGCAACGGUUGCUGCAGAGAUCUCUUUUCUCUCUGGAAAUACUGCUGCAUCAGAUGCCAUUUGUGAGAGAAUAGAUCAUGCAACUAGGUCUUGUAAUAAUCAGAAGAAAUUGACUCAUGAUCUGCAACAAGAGAGCUUAGAAUUACAACAGCAGGCAAUAAUAAGUUCACCACAUUUGGAAGAUAAACUCAAACAACAAGACGAGAAAAGAAAAAAAUAA